ACGUUUUGUAUAUCUACAAAACGAAGCGUUGGUUGCCGGCGUUUGUUGCCGUCAUCUGAAGUACAAGUGGUAUUUGGUGCAGCGGGUGGAGCAGGCUUCGGUUGUGGCUGGACGUGAUUGGCAUUUGCUCGGUGGGAGAGUGGAGGGCGAUCUGAUUCAUCAUUGCCGUCAAUUUCGAGAGAGUUGCGAGGCUGACUAACGACGCAACUCGCUGUUCUGUGUACUCAGCCGUACAGCCAGCGAGGAAGAUGGCGGCGCAUUUGGCGGCGGUUUUCGCGGUGUUGCUGGUCAUGUCUCCUGUGCUUGUCCACGGAGGCCCUGGACAUGACCUCUUGGAGGCCGUCAGGCAGCAUCCGAGGCUGACGAUGUUCUAUCAAGCCUUAGUCACGACCGAGUACUCUAAAGAGCUGAGUACCUCAGUGGACGACAAGCCGGUCACCAUAUUUGCCCCCGUGGACGAAGCCAUCCAAGCCGCCACUGCGGAUGCGUUUCCCUGGGACUGCCUUACUAACACAAUAGCCGGGAAGGCUGCGCUCAAGGAUACCUUGAAGCACCACGUACUCAAGGGCAGGUUCUACACCGUGUACAAACUGACCCAGACCAACCAAGUCAUCCCGGCCGAUGGAUUUCCUAUUGAAGUUCAGUACGACACGGAGAAGAUAGUGAUCACCUUGGACGGUUAUGCCCACGUCAUCGAGCCUGAGGUGAUCCUCAUGGAGAACGCAAUAGUGCAUCUUAUCGAUGCGGUCCUGACGACGGAAAACAUUUACGCCGACGUGCUGGACGCCUGCGCCGAGGCACCGGCCUCUGCUCCGUCUUCUCUUGGUUUCGCCGACGGAUUGUAAAUUGAGAGAGAGAGCGGGGGGGGAAGGAGGAGGGAAGGUAGUUAGAGAUGGUGGGGUUUGUUUCAAGGACAGGCAAAGUUUGUGGAGGGCUAAGGAAGGCCAGACAAUCAGACAAGCAGAUGAGCUGUCUCUGUGACGGCGUGCGUGGUCGGGACUGGUCGGGGUGGCCGGAACGGGGUGGUCGGAACCGGGUGAAGGGUGUUUAGGGCAUUGAGCGGUGGCUGUGAUUCUCUUGUCUGUCUUUCCGUUUUUGUGCUCCGCUUUGGCUCUCGUGUGUUUGUCCUUUUUCUCGCUGAGGUCGCCCGGCUAUGGCGGCUUCGUCGAUUUUAGGCCGGUAGUGUGUCCAAGCGGCCAUCUUUAUGUGAUUACGACGCUCCAUCUUGCCUGAUUCGCUCCUGCUUCAGACUAUUCUACUAGGUAUCAAGUCCUGUCUUUUAUCCUCUCACGCCGUCUUGAGCGGUCUUUUCCCUCUUUCUUCAUAGCUAUGGCGGCAGUGAUUGCUGUUAAAUUGUUUGGUGAUGGGUGGCCAACCAGCUAGGAGCCUUGCUCUCUCCCCAACCUUACAUGGUAACUGCGGUUCCAUUCCGGCUUUGGUGCCUACGCCAGUUUAGUGGCGCAUUGCUCCUCAGCAUUUGCCAGUCAAUGACAUGGAUUGCUUGACGUAGCUCGGUGGGGCGCGUCGUCGUUUUCUGGCAGAGUAUACUGGUAUAGCACGGCUUACGGCGUGCUUUGCUGGCAGACCAUGCUUGGAUUGCAGGAUGCUGGAACAGCACAGGUUACGGCUCGUCUUUGCUGGUAUCGCCUGGCUUUGACGGCAUAGCACACGAUAUAGCACAGAAGGGGUUUGUAGAUAGUAAUUAUAUCGUAGUGUUAGUCAGCUUUUUUGCUUGGAUAGGGCGGCGGCGUCUUGUUUGGCAUGCCCUAUUCAAGCUGCCCUGUUUUGCUGGUGUAAUAAAUACUAUGACGUCCUUUUCGCCGGCCUAGUAGGCGUAUCGUCGUUGCUUGCCUGCUCUUUUUGGCAGGGCACGUAUACCCUUCUUCAGUGUCUCUCUUUGGUUUCAUAGCACAAUGCGUGCGCGGCCACGAUCGCGCCCUUCUGUUUUUACACGGAUUUACGGCGUCUUUUCGAUUAAAAGGCGUUUGGGGUACUCAAUAACAACGUCCUGUCACCGCAUCAGUUGCUAGCUAUGCCUAGUAUAACGGAGUUAAGCAAUAAAUAGAAUAAAGUCAUGCGCCGAACGGACGGAACUUGUCCGCCAAGCGGACUUUGGUUAGCGUCAAACGAACAGAGUGUACCUCCAAACGGACUGGAGGUAACAUCCAAACGGACUGUAGACGCCAUCGAACGGACUGUAACUAAAGUCCGAACGAACAACUAGAGUCUAGAGUUAAUCCCCAAACGGAACGAAGUUAAUUUUCCCACACGGAAUUGAUUUGAGCUACAUGCGGAACGGAGUUAAAUUGAUAAGCCGAAUGGAGUUUGAGCGACAAACGGAUGGAGUAGCAACAAACGGAAUAACUAUUUAUUUUUCAGCUCUAAUAUAGGUCAGUAAAUAUUAACAACGUUAAUUAACCGCUGAGUUUACGACAUUUGUUAAGAAGUUACUAAGACUUCUGCCAUCAAAAUAUCCUCAUAGAAUGAUUUUUUCAUGCUGCAUGAAUUGCGGCAACGUUGACAUUUGCAUUGCAUUUCUAAUUUGUUGACAGUUCCAAGUUGCAACAUUAAGAAAUUUUUGCCCGGUGACCGGUUUUUGUUUAACCGCACACUCUCUCCCUCUCCCUCUCCCUCUCCUCCUCCUCAUCUCCCUCCCCUCCCUUCCACUUCUUGGAGGUGUGUGUGUGUGUGUGUGUGUGUGUGUGUGUCCGUGCGUGUGUUCGUGUGUGUGUGUGUGUGUGUGUGUGUGUGCGCGUGUGUGUUGUGCUGGCUAGGGGCCAGCGUUGAGU